ACCUGUGUUUGCACUUGAGUGGGAUUGUUGGAAAACUUUCGCAGUUUGCAGAAUGAGGCUUGCAAAGAAGGCGGAAUGCUUUGUACGAAACAUAAGUUUAUUGAAAUAUGACACAAGUGUUUUCGAUGUCUUGUAAUGAAUCAGUUUUUUUCUUUAAAGGACUAGCAGUACUGUAAGAGGCCUCAGUAAGAAAAAUUGUAAAACCAUUUUAUAAAAGUCAAGUUUUGCAUUCUGGAUUUAUUUGAUAUAGCCAAGCAAUUAAAAAACACGUUAACUCUUUGUAGCACGUUAUGAGGAACACUGUAGUUAUUUUGUCAGUGUGAUAAAGGCCAUAACUGAAAACUUUCUAAACAAGUUUAAGGAGUUGAAGAUGCAAACCAUGAAAAAAUAAUCUCAGUGCUGGAUCAGAGUUCUUUAAAUUUUGAAUCAGAAAGAUAUUUAACUAUUUGUUUCAGUUUGACAUAAAUAACUGUCUUUUGGAGUAGUCAAAAAGCUCAUUCUCUCUUCGGCUUUUAACACCACUUUUAAAACAUAGAAAUUAUUGAGUUUUCACUGCUGGAAGAUGACUGGUUGAGUGUAAAAGCUUUUACAUGUGUUGAAAGCAAGCUGUUCCACAGUGCUCAUAAUGCAUUGGGCAGUUAAGUUUGAGAGCAGAAGAUUAGGUUUGGGGAAUAGUUUCUCAACUAACAGAAAGGAGAAUGGUGAAAAUCAAUUUGCUACAACAGGUGCAAGAAACGUUGCUGGAAGACUUGGCAUGAUUUUUGCACACUGGGGUGGCUUACUCCAGUUAAUGUUUCUGUGCCUUUAUUGUCAUGGUGCAUACAUCUGGAGGUGCAUUGUCUGCCAUAAAAGGGUAAUCCAGGCUUGUUCUAUAAUAACCACUCUUGCCUUGAAACAGUGAACUAUCAAAUUUUGCAGCAUGUGAGACAAAAGGCUUCUUUGCUACUUCUCAGAAUAAGAUUACAGUUGUCACGUUUCUCUUUCACCAUCGUGCCUGGCACUUCAGUGUAUAGCUCAGACUUCCCUUUGUUAAUGGAAGAGAAAGGGGAUCUUUAUUUUUUUCUGUUACUGUGACUUUGUAACAUGCAAGACACUGAUAUCAGGGGGAGCUCCCCUGCUUUCCUCCGGCCUCAGAACGGGAGCAGUCACAGGUCUUCAGGGUACGUCCCAGGGAGAAUUGCUCCUCUCCGUCCCCCACCGCCCUCACAGAGCCAUGCUGCAGCUGAAUUUACCUCUGCAAGACAAGAAGCCCGGGCAAGACUCCCACCCUUACCAGUCAAUCAGCACCGCCGCCAGGCAGAAGCCAACAGGCAUAAAAAUACUCUCAUUUGCUUUGCCGUUUCUAGCCUUUCACUUUUUGUUGCACUGGGGAUUUUUUUGGGAAUAGCUUCAAAAUAUGCUCCAGACGAGAACUGUCCUGAUCAAAAUCCUCGUCUUAAAAACUGGAGCCCUGGAAAAGAUCCUGAAAAGAGAGUUUUUAUCAAAAAAGGGGAUUUGUUUCGUCUGAACUCAGACGCUACAGUACACUCCAUAGUUAUACAGGAUGGAGGGUUACUUGUAUUUGGUGAUGAUAAAGAAGGUUCUAAAAAUAUUACCUUGAGAACUCGAUUUAUCCUGAUAAAGGAUGGUGGAAUGCUUCAUGUUGGAGCAGAGAAAUGCCGCUAUAAAUCCAAAGCAACUAUUAUUUUGUAUGGGAAGUCAAACGAAGGUGCUGAUGUGCCAGAAUUUGGCCAAAAAUUUAUUGGUGUGGGCCCUGAAGGAACACUGGAGUUACACGGGCACCAGAAGUUAUCAUGGACUCUUCUAUCAAAGACUAUGUAUUUCUCAGGGCUGGCCUAUGGUCAUUAUUCAUUUAAAAAGAAUUUUUCCCGAGGACUAAAUGUGAGAGUGAUUGAUCAGGACACAGCAGAGGUUUUGGAAGUGCUGAAGUUUGACACUCAUGAGUUUUCAGAAGACAGCUUGAAGCUCCAGAACUUGCUGAAAAAUGGAAGUCCUGGUCGCAUUGUUGCUAUUGCUGUAGGAGAUUCAGCUGCUAAAAAUCUACUGGAGGAAACCAGAGUGACUAUUCAAAAUCUUCUGGGAAGUAAGUUUGUCAGAGGAUUGAGUUACAGGCAAGCCUGGGCUUUUGUUGGUGUCAUAGGUGGUGGAAAUUCUUCCUGUAAUGAAUCAGUGAGAAACUAUGAAAAUCACAGCACCGGUGGGAAAGCUCUUGCUCAGAAAGAAUUUUUCACAGUGGAUGGUCAGAAGUUUGUUGUGAGAGCUUACAGUGAAUGGAACGAUGGUGUCCCAAUUUCAGGCUUCCAGGUGGAAGCUGUAGGUGGAGUGAUUUUGAAUCUUCUGGAUGAUGUUAGUGGUUGGGGUCCUGGAGAGCGGAUUGUGGUUGCAAGCACAGACUAUUCAAUGUAUCAGACAGAGGAAUUCACCCUUCUUCCCUGCCCCGAGUGUACCAGAUAUCAGGUCAAAGUCAAAGAAAAUCCUCAGUUUCCUCACGUAGGAGAAGUUAUUGAUGGAGUGGACAUGAGGGCAGAAGUCGGAGUUCUUACAAGAAACAUCUUAAUCAAGGGAGAGACAGCAGAUGCCUGCUAUCGUGAAAAGGAGUGCCAGUUCUUCAAUUAUGAUACAUUUGGUGGACAUAUAAAGAUUUUGAAGAAUUUUACAUCUGUUCAUCUCUCCUAUGUGGAAUUGAAGCAAAUGGGCCAGCAGCAGAUUGGAAGUUACCCUGUUCACUUUCACCUUUGUGGGGAUGUGGAUGAAAAAGGAGGUUAUAGCUUUAAGACUUACCUGGAAGGUCUUUCCAUUCACCACUGUUUUUCCAGAUGUGUGACUAUUCAUGCGACUAAUGGCUUGCUGAUAAAGGACACCAUUGGCUAUGACACACUAGGUCACUGUUUCUUCACAGAAGAUGGCAUUGAGCAGAGGAAUACUUUAUUCCACAACCUUGGGCUAGUCACAAAACCAGGCACUCUUCUUCCUACAGAUAGAAACAGCAGCAUGUGUACUAUUAUUAGGGAUAAAGUUUAUGGCAGUUAUAUCCCAGUGCCAGCCACAGACUGCAUGGCAGUUUCGACAUUCUGGAUUUCUCAUCCCAACAAUCAUCUUAUAAAUAAUGCAGCAGCAGGAUCACAGGAUGCUGGAAUAUGGUAUUUGUUCCACAGGAUUGCUACAGGUGAUUCUCAUAGUGUGGCCACUGAAACCAAGUCAGAGCUUACACCCCUAGGAAUCUUCUAUAACAACAGGGUUCACUCUAAUUUUAAGGCUGGUUUGUUCAUUGAUAAAGGUGUUAAAACAACUAAUGCUAGCGCUGAUGAUCCCAGAGAAUAUCUUUGUUUGGAUAACAAUGCAAGGUUUCGACCUCAUCAAGAUGCAGACCCUGAAAAGCCCCGAGUUGCUGCCCUGAUUGACAGAUUAAUCUCUUUCAAAAACAAUGAUCAUGGGGCGUGGGUCAGGGGAGGGGAUAUCCUCAUUCAAAACUCUGGGUUUGCAGACAAUGGAAUAGGUUUGACAUUUGCUAGUGAUGGGAGCUUCCCAAAUGAUGAAGGUGCCAGUCAGGAGGUAUCUGAGUCUCUGUUCAUUGGUGAGAGCAAGAAUUACGGGUUUUUAGGCGGCCAAAAUAAAUAUGCGGGAACUGGCGGGAUAGACAACAAGGCACGCACUCUGCCUAGAAAUCGGACAUUUCCAAUCAGAGGAUUUCAAAUUUAUGAUGGACCUAUUCACCUUACCAAGUGCACAUUCAAAAACUUUGUACCAACUCCAGACAGAUUUACCAGUGCAGUUGGAUUCUUAAUGAAAAAUCCAUGGCAGAUGACACCAAAAAACAACAUUUCUCUUGUGAAGUUUGGUCCAAAUGUUUCUUUGAAAGCCUUCUUUGGAAAACCUGGUCCCUGGUUUGAAGAAGGAGAUCUGGAUGGUGACAAGAACUCAAUAUUCCAUGAUCUAGAUGGUUCAGUGACUGACUACAAGAAUACCUAUGUGGGCAGAAUGGAUAACUACUUGAUUCAACACCCCAAAUGCAUUAAUAUUACAGAAUGGAGUGGAGUGGUUUGCAGUGGGACCUAUGCACAGGUUUAUGUCCAAACAUGGAAUGGACAGAAUCUGUCCAUGACUAUUGUACGAGAUGAGUACCCAGCCAGCCCCAUGGUUCUCCGAGGUAUUAAUCAGAGAGCUGUCUUUCAACAGUACCAGCCAGUAGUGAUGCUCCAAAAGGGCUACACAAUACAUUGGAAUGGAAAAGCUCCAAAUGUCACCUAUCUUUAUCUCAUUAACUUCAACAAGAAUGACUGGAUUCGUGUUGGUCUUUGUUAUCAACCAAAUACAGAUUUUGUUAUAGUAUUAGAAACCUUCCAAAGGCGGUCAUCUGCUCUGUCAAGCAAGGUAGAGCGCUACAUGCCUGUAUCUUCAAUGGUGGAGCUUGAAAAGAAUCGAUCAGACAAGAAGUUUUACUUUGACAGCAGUACUGGAUUACUGUUUUUAUUUCUUCAAGCCAAAUAUAAUAGGGAUGGUCACAGUUAUUGCUCAUCUCAGGGAUGUGAAAGGAUCAAGAUUGUGACCAAAGAUUCAGCAAAAGGGAUCAGUAACUGCAUGGCAAAAGCUUACCCAAAGUACUACCAACGACCAACUGUCAUAACACAGAUGCCAGUAAAAACUACUGUACCAUGUAUGAAAUGCGGCACAACUCAGAUGGUGUUCACCAGUGAUCCUCACAAAAACUACCUCCUUGUGCAGAUUAAUUCAUCUGGUAAAAAAGAGUUAAGCAGAGGUCAGCAAGCAUUUAUUUCUGUCAAUGACACUAUGUUUUCCUUCAAGGAUAACGGUAUAAUUAUUGUUAUAGUCGAUGCCUGCACUGGAACAGUGUUGGGAAACAAAUUAUUUUCUGGAGUAGACAUUAAGCGUGUAGAUGAUUAUUUAAAAUCUGGAAUUCCACAAAGGUCUGUUGUUCUACUGAGCACAAGAGGUGAUAUAACAAUUCCUCGUAAUUUACCAGAAGCCUUAAUGUCCCUGGGGACAGCCAAACCACCUUAUCUUCAGAGCAAUGGAAGCGUGGCCUUUCUGGGCUUCAGAGGAAACUUUAAGCCAUCCUGGAUUAAGCUGUUUACUGGUCCUGCUGGGCAUGGGCUCAUUCAGAUAGAAAAGUAUAUCCCUUUGCAACUGGAAGAGUAUGGCUGUGCCAGAGCAAUCAGAAGCCGGCGGAAAGACAUUGAGCUUCUAAAGAAGGCUACACGAUCUCAUUAAAGACUAAGAUGUACAUAAAAGCUGGGGGAAAAAUGUGAACUAACUUAUUUUUUUUAAUUUAUGGCAUUUUAAACUGUGUUGUUAUCCAAGUAAUUCAUGUUAUUAUCUGACAGAUGUUUGCCAGCAUUGACUGCUUGAAUGCCAAUCUGUGCACCUUCUAGUUGUACAAAAUAUUAAAGAAUUUAUUAGUAUUUGUAUAAACAGGUUUCAGAGAUUUUUCAGAUGUUUGUAUUUACUGUCAAUUUCUUCUGUUUAAUACUCCUUUUAUAUGUAAGAAGGUGUUUAUAAAAGCCUUAAAUUUUUAGUAACAGGAGUUGGAGUGCAUCUUGGAUUACUUGAAAGAUUAACAUUAAAGUUUCCAUAAACAGCUUGAA